UGCUCAAAUGGAUGUUGAAUUCUGCUUCGUAAGCUAGGUACUGUAUCAUCUCUGUUGCUACAUCUGGCCCACGCCUCAAGCCUUCUCCUCCUAUAAAAGCCGUCUAAUCCUCAUGCCAUGCUCCAGUCCACUAUCCCCUCAUCGCUAUCUGCAAAACAAAACUUCAGGCGUCACCUUCAAUAUAGUCAGCCAUGAUUCCAUCUGAGGCAACAGGAAUCCACUACUUCACACCUGAGGAUCCCUCGCCUUUCACCCCUAACUUCAGCUUGAUGCACAGCAGCUUUCCAGCAUUCCAAAUCAGCAGACUCUUGACCAACUUGCCAAAUUUCCAGAGCCCUCCUCCCAUACAUGAGUUCACUCCGCAGUCCUCAUGUUUAAGCAACAACUCUACCUCUGAUGAAGCAGAUGAUCAGCAACUCAACGUCAUAGAUGAAAGAAAACAAAGGAGAAUGAUAUCCAACAGAGAAUCAGCUCGAAGAUCAAGGAUGCGGAAACAGAGGCACCUUGAUGAGCUCUGGUCUCAGGUGCUUCGCUUGAGGACUGAGAACCACAAUCUCAUAGACAAAUUGAACCACGUGUCAGAGUCCCAUGACAGGGUUGUUCAAGAGAAUGCACGCCUUAAAGAAGAAGCAUCUGACCUCCGGCAAAUGCUCACCGACUUCCAACUUGGAAGUCCUUAUAACACCUUGAGUGAUCUGGAAGAGUUGCCAUGCAACACAGCUCAUCUCAGGGCUGAGUCAUCAAACCAGUCAAUUGCUGCUACUACAAAUCUGCUUCACUGACUAAGAGAUUUACCAUGCUCCAAAAAAGAAAGAAACGGAGGUGUUUGUCUGCCUUUUUCUUGUUUUUUCUGUCUAAUAUGAAUGUAAUGAGUCAAUCAUUUCCCAGCAGAUGGAUAACACGUAAUCGGAAAUGAUCAAGAUUUUCCUUAAUAUUCCAUUGCCAACUCAAAAGAUGGUUUCUUCACAUC